GACGAGAAAAAUUUAAAGCAUUUCUUUCAAUAUGCUGGAUAUGUUCGGAAACGACUGGUCACCCAAGUAAUAAUCCACCUAUUUUUUUCAACGAAAACAAGAAACAAUUUUUAUCUUUAAUUGGCUUAAUUGAAGCAAUUAAUUAAGUUAGAAGAUAUAAAGAGUGUAAUUAAACAGUAGAAAAGUUAUCAAAAUAUCGAGUUUUGCCAAAUAUUUAUGAAUUAUGGCUUCAUUCGAUGUUUUCGACAAAUGCAGUUGGUAUUUUGGGUCGAUGAAUCGCUCAGAUGCCACAGAUUUACUGAUGAAGGAACGGGAAGGUGGAGUAUUUUUAGUACGCGAUAGUACAACAAUUUUAGGCGAUUAUGUUUUAUGCGUAAGGGAAGACACAAAAGUUAGUCAUUACAUCAUAAAUAAGAUACAACAGAAUGAUCAAAUCGUAUUUAGAAUUGGUGAUCAGCAAUUCUCAGAUCUUCCAGAACUGUUAGCCUUUUACAAAUUGCAUUACCUCGAUACAACUCCUCUGCGACGUCCUGCUACAAGAAAAAUAGAGAAAGUCAUUGCUAAAUUUGAUUUUGACGGUAGUGACUCAGACGACUUACCUUUUAAGAAAGGAGAAAUACUGUACAUAGUUAACAAAGAUGAGGAGCAAUGGUGGACAGCUCGAAAUUCACUUGGACAAACUGGGCAGAUUCCAGUCCCAUAUAUAGAAAUGUAUGACGAAAAUUCACGUUCAAGUGGCGGAUUCUCAAAUUCUCAACCAAGAGUACCAGCUGAUGGAACAUUUAAAAAGACUAAUCUCAAUAGAAAAUUGCCAGCAUACGCACGUGUUAAGCAGGCUCGAGUUCCAAAUGCUUACGAUAAAACAGCAUUAAAGUUAGAAGUUGGUGAUAUUAUAAAAGUAACGAAAAUGAAUAUAAAUGGACAGUGGGAAGGCGAGUUGAGAGGUAAAGUCGGAUUCUUCCCAUUCACACAUAUUGAAUUUCUGUCGAACGAUGAUGACGAGAAUUUCAAUGGCAAUUUAAUCGGCGAUGAGGAGCGUUGGGGCGAUUAAGAAAUAAUGAACUUUUAGAUUUUUCCUUAUUUUAUUAUUUUAUCAUUUCGAGAUUGUUAUUAAUCUGUAUAUCCUUCGUUUAAAUCACACGAGGAACUCGGCUAUCAAACAUUCGUGCCAGUUUCUUGAAAAUUUCAAUUUUUUAUGUCUCAUUUGCUAGAUUUUCUUUUAAAUUUUUCCCUCCAAACUUUGAUUUUAUUUUAUUUUGAUCUCGAAAGAAAUGGAUUAAAUUGUGGCUGGCAUAUGGCGUCAUUAAUAGAUUUUCUAGUGACAGCUAUGUGAUUGUCAUAUACUAUAUCGUUUGGGAUAGUGACGAGUAAUUCUUUUUUAACAUUAAUUUAACAAUACGCGAAUGAAAAUCAUUUUUUUAAAAAAAAUGAAGGUUUGAAAAUAAAAUUCAGGACGUAGAAUUGAGGGUUCUUAAAAAACACUAUUUAAAGGAAUCAAAUGAAAAUGAUACAUGAAUAAAAUUGUGAAUUAUACAGUUAGAUGAUAGGAAAAACAAACAAACUACUAAGUUUAAAAAAGAAUGAUAAAUUUGAUAGUGCAUAAGAGUAUAUAACAAAACAAAAAACAAAAAAUUAUUUACGGUGAAUGAUAAGAUGCAUAAAAUCCACUUCACAUAUUUUUUGAUUCAAAUUAAACAAAAUAAUUAUCUUUUGAACAACAAAACAACCGACUAAGCUUGCAAAUUAUAUUAAUAAUAAAUAGUAAUAAUGAUAGUGAAAGAUGACAAUGUAUAAUCAAAAGUGAAGGGAAUAGCUGUAAAUCAAAUAAUACAAAAUUGUCAAAAAAUUGACCAAAACUUGAGUGUGAACAGAUUUGAAUUAGAAAUUUAAAUGGAAAGCAAUUUUGUUGACUUAAAUUGUGCGAAUUACUGCUGACUGACUGGCGUUUGCGAAAAUGAGUGAUAAAAAAAUAGUACUGAACGGCAAUACUUUACAAUUCCAAAAAUUCUGACGUUUAAAACCAUACAUGUUCUAGAUAAAUACUUAUAAUAUUUAAAGCCAUACAAAUUCAAAAAUUUGUCACUUUUCAAAGCAAUUCAGCAAUGCUUAAAAAUACUUAAAACAUAAAUUUUAAAAUUAAUUCACACGAAGAAAGUAUUAAAUUUUAUAAUUAUUCAAUCCUUAUGAACAAUUCCUGAAAAACCAUUACUCAUUAAAGGUUUUCCUUCCAAUUCAGCGAAAUUCGAUCAUUUUGAGUCAACAAUAUUCAAUUACAUUUCAUCCUCAAAUUGCACUGUUCAAUUUGAUUAUUUUCCAAACAAUCUCCUUUCUUCGCCGACAAAUAAUAUCCAAAAUAAAUCUAUCUAUUUUCUUAAGAUACAAUAGUUAAAUGCAUUGAAAAUUCCCUCCCGUAUUUCGAAUCUUAAUUGCAGAUAAACAAAAAAUAAAAUAAAUAGAAUUUAGAGCAUUCAAAGUUGAUAAUUAAUUAAUUACACACAAUUUAUAAAGCAAGAAAGUUUUUUCGCGCUGAAAGUUGUUCUCACAGUUAAAUUAACAAUCGUGUUACAAAUUACUUUAAAAAGAUUUCAACAGCUAAGAAAUGAAUUUAAGAAAAAAAAAUAUGAAAAUCAAGUUUAACUAGUCACACUUAAGCAUAUAAAGAAUAAUGCACAACGAAAGAUACUGAUUCGAUCAUAAUUUUGGGCAAAUCGAAGAAUUAAAUUCAUGAAAAAUAUUAAAAUCUACUUCAUUUAUGCAUUUUCUUGAGAAUCAUAAGAAUUAAAUCUUUAUAAAAAAAAAUAAAAAAGCAAUAAAUUUGAGCGAUAACUUAAAGAAAAAUGUUUCAAAAAAGUCCAAUGAAUUUAGACAAAAAGUUGCUGAACAAAUCGUGGCAUUAGUGUAAAAUGUGCAAUUAAUAUAUUGUUUUGUGAAGCAUAUUUUUAAUGUAAUCAAAAUGGGGUCAAUGAUUUUCUUCAUAUUUAUGUAAAUUUACUUUUUGUAAGCUUCUUCAAAAUGCUCACUUUAUUGAUUUAUUUGGAUAAAAUUCGAAUUUAAAAUUCAUUCAAAAAUAUUAAAAUUUAUUUUUUAAUUAAUUAUGAAAUCAAUUGAAUUUGAAAAAACAAAAAAAAAUCUAUUUUAACAUUUAAUUUUUGAAUUUGAAAAAACAUUUAACCGAUUUUAAUUUUCAACUUUUUAAUUUUUAAGAUUGAAUUUUGUGUUCAGGCAAAAGUAAAAAUGUUAAACGCUCGCGUUUUAUCAUUAAAACUAGUUCGGCAUUCUUAAUCAUGAAAAGGAUUUAAAUUAUUUACUCAAAUAUCGAUAAAAAAAAUUGAGUUCAAUGUUACUGAGAAUGUUUCUAUUUAAUGUCUAUUAUUACUCAGCCGAUAUGAAAGUGACAUAAUAUUGAAGAAACAUCCACGAACCCCUUUAUCAUAUUUAUAUAAAAAAUGUAUUUUUCUUUAUGGAUGCCAAAUAAUAUAAGUUUGUUUUUUGAUGCUUAUUAUCCAAAAUUUAGUUGAACUGAAUGUAAAGGAUGUUGAUGAUAUGCACUGAGUUUUACAAUGAACUUGUACAUAAAAAAAAAAAUAAUAAUGAUGUGAAUUUUUGAUAAUAUUUUUGAAGAGAACAUGAAAAAAUAUUAGUUUUACUUAUUUUUGGGAUAAACAUAUUUUUUAUACAACAAAUUAUUUUUGAAAGUAAACUCAAUGUAAUCUCUAACUCAUGCAUAAUUGAUUAAAUAUUCCGUCAGAAAUAUUUGUUUUUCUCAUUUUUCUCGACAAUUCUGAAAUAAGAUACAAAAAAAAUAAAAUUGUGUAGCUGAGAAAUUUCAUGUUUAGCUGAUGCUUUUUUCCGUUCAACAGUUAAAAAACAAGAUAUAUAUACAUCUAUAAAUGAAAAGAUAGUAAUUGUAAAUAAUUAAAAAAGAUUGAAAAUAAAACGAAAGUAAUU